AUGUCCGGCUACGGAAACGACGAUCAAUCUACUGGCUACGACGAUGAUCAGCAGAUUGGUAAGAUCUUAUAAUCUAUUCAAUACCAGCACCUCGUUUUGAUUGACUAACUUGUCGCAGGUUACGGAAGCCAAAAUACUGAUACUCAAUCUGGUGGUAUUUCUUUCUCCCAUUACUUCUUGUCUCGAUAUGAAUCUUGCUAUGAUGUCUUGAUAAGGUACAAGGGCUAACUUGCAAGAUGCAGGUUAUGGCAGCACCAACAGAGAUGACACAAGCAGUGCAUUUGGUGAUGAUGACACUUCUGCCGGUGAUGCAUAUGGUACCACAAGAAAGGAUAAUACAAGUACCGGUUUCGCUGAUGAUGACACUUCAUCUGGUGAUGCAUAUGACAGCAGAGGAGCAGACAAUACAAGCAGCGGAAUCGGCGAUGACAAUACCUCAUCUGGCCAUGCAUAUAUCAGUGCUAGAAAAGAUAACACAAGCAGCGGUUAUGGUGACGACAACACCUCAUCUGGCGAUGUAUACGGCAACACCAGAAAAGGUGAUGCAAGCAGCAGCUUCAACAAUGACAAUACAUCCUCAGGUGAUGCACUUAGCUCUAGCAUUGGUGCCGGAAGCGAUUCGUAUAAUAAUAACACGAUCGGUGGAUUUGGUGGUGUUAAGGCCAGCUCCACUGGAUAUGGUGAUGAUAUUGCUGGUGACCGCGAUAUCUCGGGUGAAUGUGGAGGAGUAAAGAGUGGCUCUCAGGGUUUGAGUGGAAGCGGUGAUGAUGAUAAUGCAUUUAGUGAUUGUGGAGGCAGUAAGUCUGGCUUGGGAGGAAGAUAUGAUGACGAUGAUGAUACCGGUGGUUAUGGGAAGAAGGAUUCAAGCUCAGGUGGCUAUGGUGGUGAUGAAACUACAUCAAGCAGUUAUGGUGGUGAUAAUAACCAAACCUCCAGUACUUAUGGAACAACAAAGCCUAGCUUUGGAGAUUAUGGCGAAAAUGAUCAGACAACCUCGAGUGGAUAUGGUAGAGAUAAACCCAGCUCUACUGGAUUCGGAGACGAUGACCAAGAUGAAUAUAAGUCACGAUUGCAAAAGGAGUACGAAAAGGCCAAGCAAUUGUUCCAUAAGGAUUGA